AUGUGGUCAUCCAAUCGUCGUCUUCGAUAUUUCUGCCCCUUCGCCGUCGCCAACUUUGUUGUCGUAGGUUUGACAGAGUCAGUUUCCCUGGUGGUCUCGUGGAGAUACAAUAGUUCGACGAUGUCAGAGAACAGCAGGGCCUCGAAGCCAACAUUCCCUAGGAGAUUCUACACUAAGGGAGGAGACCCCGAACAACUGAAGAGCAUUCAUUACUAUAGCAACAACACGAAGUUGUUCAGUACACUCAAACAACUUCUCACCGAUGACGAAUGGGAAGAAAUCUGUGAUUCUCGGGUUGGUGUCUUCCUAAGGUCUCGUGACCUUGAUUUUCUCGCGGGUAGUACAUGCGAUGCUGUCGUUCCAGCCAUUACCAUACUCAAUUGUGAUUACGUCGAGAAUCUAGAGACACCGGAAGCUGAUGAUACAACAAAUGUGGUUGACUUUUGGGAGACACUUGGAGUUAGCGUUGAGGCAGGGGCAAGUGUGCACCAGCUGAUUGAAGCAUGUCAAUGGGUAGGUGAGUGGCCAAGGGAGGACCGGAUUAGAUUGGGCUACCUAGCCAUAUACGCCGGAUUCAUUCAGGCCCGAAAAUCUUCGCAAGAAACUCGUGUUAAACUAGCCAGGUUUGUCAUGGACCUGGACAGGUUCCACGAUUACCCGUGGGGGCGAGUUGCCUUCAAGAACCUCAUCACAACUGUCAAAGGAGGCCAAUACCCAACCUGA